UGCUCAAUAUUACAAGAAAAAAAUCAAACAGCCGAUAGCGGCAUGUAUCGUAUAACUUCCAUGCACGGACACUCAGCUAUGAUAUUUUGUAAUAUGACGUCAAAGAAUGGUGUUGGUGCGACAGAGAUUGGACAUGACAGGGAAUCAAGAACACUUGUAGAUGGAUAUGAACAGCCAGGGUCUUAUAAGAGAAAGAUUAAAUACGACAUUUCCAUGGAGCAGAUUGCCGCGAUUAUCAACCAGUCCAACAAUUGUGAGCAAUUUAUUAAAUAUGAAUGUUUUAAUAGUGGGUUGUUGAAAAAUUCCUAUGGUUGGUGGGUAUCACGUCGGGGCUCAAAGAUGAAUUACUGGGGUGGAGCGGCAGUCGACAGUGGAAAGUGUUCAUGUGGAAUGAACAACAGCUGUGCAGGAAGAAAAUGUAAUUGUGACAAGAAUGAUCAAGUAUGGCGUGAAGACAGUGGAUACCUGACAGACAAGAAUACGCUGCCUGUUACUGAACUGAGAUUUGGCGAUACAACACGUACAUAUAAAGGGAUAGAUGAGCUCGGUUAUCAUACACUGGGGAAAUUACGUUGCUGGGGAUAA